AUGCUGAAUUGUACCUCUGAGUUUGAGACUGAAACUACAGAUUUAAAUAUCCAGGAAGCAUAUCUCUUACAGCAGGAGAUAGAGGCAGAGCGAGAGGAAAGAAGAGUACAGGGGGAGAAGGAUAAGCUAGAGCCUAUUAGUAAUAAUAAGGAAGAGGAUAUAGCUUCGAGUAUUAAGCAGAAACCGCAAACAGGCAAGACGUAA